UCUUCCCAUAUAAAGUCUUGUUUCUCCAUUGUUUUAAAACUAAAUCACUUCGGCUUUUAUUUUCUGUAUCAUUCUUCCAAAGCCGUGGUCUCCAUUAACAUCCUUCUUCAUUUCAGUUUAAACUCUUAACCCCCAAAACCUUCCUACCAUCGAAAUAUCCAAAUCUCAUUAUCCCAUCAGAGAUCACCUUGUUUUCUGCUGAAGCUUUGACUCCAUUUUCAGAAAUUAUUUUUUUUAAGGUUAUUGUUCCUGACGCGUUUCUUUGGCUUUGAAUCCCCUCUUGCUCGUUUCCCGCGGCGUUCAAACUUCAACUGCGAGUAUUCGGAGGGUAUGGAUCAUGGUACUAAUGAUAACUCUGAACCUACACGAACUGGAUCAUUUAGUAGAGCAAGUAGCCCUGGCUGUCUAUUGAGGAGGCUUUCUCUUAGCAUAUCAAGUGUUGUGUCCUCCGAUGAUGACAUUCAUAGUGAGACUUUUUCGGAGGCUGGAGAUGUUGGUGAUCGGGCUCUCCACAGCAAUAGGCAGAGUGUGAAUAGUAGUGUCUGCUUGUCUGUAGAUCAUGCAAUGGAAAGUGGGGCAGUUAUUCAUCCAGCGGAAUUAAAUACAAUCUCUCUCGUGUCACCCUUGCCAGAGGAUGUUACAUCUUCCCUUCCAGUUGAUCCACUGAAGUGCACCAGGGACAAAAAACAAGAAAAACAAGGACUACCUCUGUCAUUGGAGUAUAUAUUGUGUCUUAUCCAUUUGGCUGUUUUUGGAAUUCUUGGGGUUUUAACUAGAUAUUUGCUGGAAAGACUUUUUGGACCUAGUGUUUCAGGUGUGACCAGCGACCACACGAUUGUAUACCCAAACCUUCCUUCUAAUAUGGUUGGUUCUUUCUUGAUGGGGUGGUGGGGUGUUGUUUUCAAAGCAGACAUAUCUCAGGUAUAUGAUAUUUUGGCAAUUGGAUUGACUACUGGGUAUUUGGGAAGCCUCACGACUUUCAGUGGUUGGAAUCAGAAAAUGCUUGAUCUCAGUGUAAGUGGCCACUGGGUACAAGCUGUACUUGGGUUUCUCACAGGCCUGUUUCUUGUAGCUUAUUCCAUCAUUUUUGGGAUUGAGACAGCCAAGGGUUUCAGGUGGAUUCUCAAAAGGCUGAAUACAAAUACAAAAAGGGAAGUCCCUAGCACUUAUUGUAAUUGGAGGCUCAACAGUUGCAGACAUCAUUUGGCAGAAAUGGUGGUAUUAUUGUUAGUUCUAGGUAUUUUAUUGAGUGUAAGCGGAGCACUGCUUAAGGAGGAAUUUGGCAGUGGUAGCAGUGGAGCUCAGCUGUGGCUGGCUUGCUUAGUUGCACCUCUAGGAGUGUGGAUCAGGUGGUUCUUAGCUCGAAUUAAUGGAUGUGGGUUAGGAAAGUCUGGGAUUCUGAGAUGGCUUCCAUUUGGGACUCUGAUUGCCAAUGUUUCUGCAGCUUGUAUAACGGCAGGACUCUCUGUACUGGAAAAGUCGGUAAAUACUAAGAACUUCAACACUGUUGCAACCGGGAUAGAGUUAGGAUUUCCGGGUGUCUGAGUACAGUUUCUUACUUUCAUUUCUGAGUUCAAUGCAAUGAGAGAAA